AUGAAAUACUCAUGUGUUCAAUUGAAUGAUCUACCCGAUGAAAUUCUUAUGAUUAUUUUAAAAAAUUUGACUAAUGCAGAAGUACUUUAUUCUUUAUUAGGCGUCAAUAAACGACUAAAUAAUAUUGCAGUUGAUCCCGUUUUUAUAAAUAAUUUAUCUCUUGUGAUGUCUACAUCGGAUGGUUUGGUUUAUUCAUUACCUGAUCCAAUACUUGAUCGAUUUUGUUUACAUAUUUUACCUAAAAUUCAUCAAAAUAUUGAAUGGCUUCAUCUUCAAUCACGAUCACUGGAACGCAUUCUUCGUGCUACAAAUUUUCCGAAUUUGUAUGGCAUUAGUUUACAUAAUAUUCAAGCAAAAACAGCUAUAGAUCUUUUUACGGGUGGAAUAUUCAAAUCUGUUCGUGAAGUAUCAUUAUUUGAUGAACGACCUUUUGAACAUGAAUUUUUCCUUCAAAUUGCUCAAUCAUUUCCAUUCUUGGAAAAAUUAUGUGUACGUAAUUACGAACGACAAAUGUAUAAAGAAUGUAGUAAAUCAAUCAAUGGAAAGCAACAUUUAUCAAUCAUUAAAUAUCCUUAUCUUAAACAACUGAAUAUUAUUUGUCCUUGCAAAGAUUACCAUGAACAAUUCUUAUUCGAUACUAAAACGUGUUUACCAUUUGAUGUUCGUGUUAGUAUGUAUUAUAAACGAGUGAAACAAAUGACAUGUAAUUUCACAAGUAAUGGAACACGAAAUAAUUGUGCAAAAAUGAAUUACGCUAAUUUAUAUAUAGGAAUAAAAAUUGUUGGAGAUCCUGAGAAUUUUUGUGGUGAAACACGAGAACUUUCUGAAGAUAUAAAAAGUUAUUUUCCUCGUACGCAAAUAGAUUGUUUAUUGUGA